GUGUGGCAGCCCGGCGCGCCUGCUACCCUGGCUGCUGCACGUCCGUGCCAGGCGUGUGUUUUGCAAGAGAAUGCGCUUUUUGAUAGACAUCUAGCCGUGCGGUUCAAUCCGUGCAGUUCUAGCUGUGCAGUUCUUUGGUUGAUCGGACUAGUAGUGGUGGGUUAAAGCCAAGGCAUUUUUCAUGGAUCACAAUGCAUGCUUAUUUAGGUGGUCUUUGUCUGGUACGAAGUUACAAGUUAUCCUCCAAAUUCAGGCAUCUCCCGCAGCCGCAUCCUGCAGGAACAGCUACGAACCUUCCUCCGACUAGACAACGGUUCAGAGCCGGCCGACGUGCAGCCGUCGGACGUGCCCGACGGCGCCUUCCACGUGCUUGACGUGGCAAGUACGCGGGACAUGUGCCGGAAGCAAGACAAGUUCUGCAGCCGUGUGGUGGACAGCGAGCUGAUGCGGGUGGAGUUCUGGCGCCGGCCGUUCGUCUACACCCUGUUUGUGAGGAAGUUGUGGGAGAUGGUGGACCAGUGCCGGUGCCAUCAGCCGAGUUGUCCUGACGUGGUAGUGCUCAACAGCGCUAUCUGGUACUGCCGCAAGGUGUGGCUGACGCAAGCCAUCCACAAGUCCGUCACGUUCUGGAUGCUUAAGCUCAGGGAGGACAUGGAUAAUCUCAGAGAAGUGUUGAUGGCUUUGACUAUGGAAACUACGGUGAUCUGGAGACUCGAAGAAGCAAUAACAUCGGAUGUGACAAACUUACUGAGAAAGUCAGAGUUUCAGAAACGGCUCUCUGCGUCACACGCACUCGCAUACGAUUUAUUUAAGCAGGUGGAUGAACUGGUGGUUUGGUCAUCAAUGCUGGCGGAGACGUUUGACUUUGCACAGCGGGUUUGCGGCUCUGUGAAGAGCCUGAUCGAAUCGGAGGACCCCGCUGUGGAGGACAUCUUUGACCAGUGUGAUGACGAGAUUCACGUAGGCACCACCAUGCGACAGCGGUUUGUCUCCAUGCUUCUUGAUGCCCUCUGUGAAAGCGAUGGCAUUCGAGAAAAGGGACAUUGCUGUAGGGACUGAACAUCUCUGUGCAUGUCUCACAGACGCUGUAACACAGCCAUAUGACGGUGUGAGGGACGCUUAGGCUCAUUGAGACGGUACUGGCGACUAGAGAUGUUGCUGCGAGCUCAGCAACAUCACACAGUGAUAUCGCACGCGAUAGCGGAGGUGGUGAUUGUGUCAUAAGCAGAAUGGGUUUGAUUUAGCUGCUGACGGAGGAUAGGACAGAGGACUGACAGAGGACAGGCUUACUUUGUCGAAUGAAUCAAAAGCUAGAGCUGAGGUUUCGGGAAGUUCGCGUGGUGAAAUAUCUGAUGGCUGAUUGGUAACUUCACUCAACAUACAUGAACGUAGUUAUUAUUUAAAACUUGUCGGUGCCAUGCACAUCAGGUGCCAAGUGUCCUUCAAGCAAACUAGGUAAAGCCGGUAUUGCAAUACAUGUGUUCGAGUAUUGCAUUUAAGUGUCAGCUGGCAAUUUCAGGCCGUUGCAAUGAAUUCGCUUACCACCGAGUUGGCUCUACUUAACGGUGCCUGCGUGGUACAGAUGCCUCAUUAAAGCUGUCCAGUAAACUCGGGUGAGCGCAUGCAAGA